AUGCCGGUGGGUCCGCUCUUCUCCAUCCAGUGUGAGGACGUGGAGGGGCCGGUGGACAUCUUACUGCCGCACGUACUGCACAUUACAAACGAUGCUGAGACUGAUCUAGCAGACAUGCGCAUUGUACAUGUUGUCGACAGUGAAGCCCAGUUUCUACCCGUCUCUGAGAUCACUUCGACCCACAUCAGCACCAGAUUUGAGAAGGGCAGCCUGUUUGGUCCUGUGAUGAAGAAGAUUGCCGCCAAGUUCUAUCCAAGGAACGGUCUUUGUAUUGUGUUUGGACCACGGAACGUCAUGCCAGAAUGUCAAAUCCAUGUCUACAUUGCUUCCAACGCCAAACUAGCUCUUCAGACUCUAAAAGAUCAGGAAGCAGAAGAUGACUACAUCAGGUGGGAUCACGACCAGUGUGUGCUACAGUCAGGAGAGACGUAUCGUCUCGAGGUGUCCGUCAGAAACGGAGAGGACGUGACAAUGCUUACAAAUCCUGAGAGUUAA